AUGGACUUCUUCGUCCGAAAUGGCGAGGAGCCGUAUAUGCAGUUUUCGAAUUUCAAGCUUCGAAGCUACUUCCCACAUGAAAUCGAUAAGCUCAGUGUUCUGAAAGUCACACAGACAAAAACGUUUGAUGAGGUCGGUCACCCUAUUGCUGGCGGUCUGUAUGAUCCUAUUCUUGGUCCGGACAAUAAUUUCGAUAUGUGUCUGACGUGUAAUCAGUACGAGAGACAUUGCCCAGGCCACAUGGGACAUAUUCAACUAGCUGUUCCAGUUUUCAAUCCACUUCUCUUUCAAUUUACGUACAAUCUUUUGAAAGGUUCUUGUGUUCACUGCCACCGUUUGACAUGCAAAGGAGAUAGCGGCAGUGCACGCAUUCUACUCGCCCAGUUACGUUGCUUCGAUCUAGGCGUAGAGCAUGUGGCGCUUGAUCUCGAAUCGAUUCUUCGUGAAAAAAUCAAAAAUUGCGAUCUGCUUAACGAUGAAGAUAUCGAUACCACCAUGGACGUUUGUAUUGCUCAGCUGGCCAAUAAACCUCUUUCGGAACUGACCCAAUUCAAAUCUAUACCGACGAAAAACGGUGUUCAACUGAAGAAAGACAUUAUCACUGAGUUCCUCAGAAACCACUUAUUCAAAAGACUUCAAAAGUGUCCAUUAUGCAAAAAUCGUAAUGGAACUCUGAGAAACGACGGUGCUCGUUCAAUUCUUAUCGAUUUCACUGGUGCCCGUAAAAAAUCCAAGAAAAUGUCUAUUAUUGGAGAUAUUGGAUACAAUGAGGAAUCAUCACCAUCAACAGAUGAAGAUGAAAAAAAGGAAGAUAAACAUGUCGAAGUAAACGCAAGUGUUGUUGAUUUAGAUGAAGGAAGUCUAGAGCUGCAAAUGAAAAACGUUAGAAGUGGAGAGUGUGAUAAACUUGCUUGGAGAGGAGCCGAAGUCCGAGAGCAUUUCCGAAUGAUGUUUAAGAACGAUGGAAAUCUACUGCUGAAACUGUUUCCGAUGCUUGUGGACGAGUUGAAUGGAGGAGACAUGGUUUGUCCAUUAGAUGGAUUGUUCUUAGAAAGAAUUUUAGUGCCCCCAAAGAAAUUUCGUCCUAUUCGAAUGUUCAAAGGAGCCCAAUAUGAAGAUCCACAAACUCUUAAUCUUCGCAAAGUACUUGAAGCCACUGAAACAAUCUCUGCUAUUUCACUCAUCAUGAAAGGGGACAAGAGCGCUCAGCUGAAAGAACUGGUUGCAAACAGAGUGCGAGGAAAAACUAUCAACGCUCAAAUGCACGAUGCUUAUCUUCAACUACAACUUCGUGCAAAUGCUAUUUUUGAUCAAGACUUGAACAGAGGAGAUCGUGACAGCAUCGCUGGAAUCAAGCAGAUUCUUGAAAAGAAACAGGGAUUGUUCAGAAUGCACAUGAUGGGAAAACGUGUUAACUUUGCUUGUAGAUCGGUCAUUACUCCAGAUCCAUAUCUUGAUAUUGAUGAAAUCGGUAUUCCGGAUAUUUUCGCCAAAAAACUCACUUUCACCGAACCAGUGAAUGCCUUCAACAUGAAAGAGAUGAAAGAACUGUUGAAGAAAGGCCCUCACCAACAUCCAGGAGCUAAUUUCUUCGUGGAGCCAUCUGGAAAGAAGACAAUGCUUGGAGAUAAACCCGAUGAGAAGAAGAGACGAUAUCAUCUUGCGAAAACGUUGAAUGCAGCAACAACUGAAAGUGUUCGUCAAACGCCAAAAGUCUUGAGGCAUAUGAAGAACGGUGAUAUGAUUAUGAUGAAUCGUCAACCAUCUCUUCACAAACCAUCAAUUAUGGGUCAUCGAGCAAGAGUUCUCACUGGACAAAGAGCUCUUCGAAUGAACUACGCGCCAUGUAAAGCUUACAAUGCUGAUUUCGAUGGAGACGAAAUGAAUGGACAUUUAGUACAAUCACAUAUUGCCCAAACUGAGGUUCGCGAGAUUGCAAACGUCGGAAGUAACUUUUUGGUUCCUAAAGAUGCUACACCGCUUCUCGGUCUGAUUCAAGAUCACGUUGUUUCUGGUGUACUUCUCACUCUUCGAGAUCGUUUCUUGAAUAAGGAAGACUUUAUGCAUCUCGUUCUUUCUUCUUUUGCUCAAUAUUCCAAAAGGAUCGAAAUCCCACCGCCAACAAUUCUCUAUCCAAAACGACUCUGGACAGGAAAACAAGUUGUGACCACUAUUGUCAAAAAUUGUAUUCCUGAAGGAAAGCCCCUCAUCAACUUGGACGGAAAAGCGAAAACUCCGCUCAGUUGCUGGACUGUUCCUGGAUUCAAUCAGCCUUCUUUCGACAUGAGUGAAUCGCAUGUGGUAUUCCGGCAAGGAGAACUGCUAGUUGGAGUCCUCGAUAAAGCUCAUUUCGGUGCUACUCAAUUCGGAUUAGCUCAUUGUGCAUUUGAACUUUAUGGACAUCGUUGUGGAGUGCAACUUCUAUCAUGUUUUUCAAGACUGUUCACAACAUAUUUACAGUAUCACGGAUUCACUCUUGGUGUUGCUGAUAUUCUCGUAGUCAAAGAAGCAGAUGGAAAGAGAAAAGAAGCUGUUAUGGAGUCACGAACUAUUGGAAAUCAAGUUGUUAAAACAGCAUUUGGCCUUCCGGACACUGCUACGCCAACUGAAAUCAAAAGAACACUUGCUGCUACUUACUGCAAUCCACGUGGACAAGGAACAGAUGUUAAGAUGUUGGAUUUUGGAAUGAAACAAGGAAUCGCCAAAUACAACGACGCAAUCACAAAGUCUUGUGUUCCAACAGGUCUUCUACGUCUUUUCCCACAGAAUGCUCUUCAGCUUAUGAUUCAAUCUGGAGCCAAGGGAUCUGCAGUGAAUGCUAUUCAAAUUUCUGGAUGUCUUGGUCAAAUUGAAUUGGAAGGAAAACGUAUGGCUGUUACUAUUGCUGGUAGAACUCUUCCUUCCUUCCGAUGCUUCGAUCCAUCACCAAGAGCUGGUGGUUAUAUCGAUCAACGUUUCUUGACAGGAAUGAAUCCACAAGAACUUUUCUUCCAUACAAUGGCUGGACGUGAAGGUCUUAUUGAUACUGCUGUCAAAACGUCUCGUUCCGGAUAUCUUCAACGUUGUAUCAUCAAGCAUCUCGAAGGAAUUCGCGUGCAUUACGACUCAACAGUUAGAGAUCACGAUGGAUCAGUAAUUCAGUUCAGAUACGGAGAAGAUGGAAUGGACACCACAAAAGCUACAUUCUUGAAUAAGAAGACGAUGCCGUUCCUCGAAGACAAUUUGGAAGCAGUUACUCUUGCUUCGAAACCAGAGGGUGUUAAUGAUAACGACUUCGGAGUCAAUGAAACUGAGAAACGGUACAAAAAGAUCACGAAGUGGAAGAAGAAAGCAUCUAAGUCGGAAAAGAAGUCCUAUUUCUCCGCAUUCACGAAUUUUUCGGCUGAAAACGCUGGGUUGGACAAGAAGCGAAUUUUAGGAAUGUGGUUUGAACUGUCGUUGGAAGAACGAGCCGAAUAUGCCAGAGGAGUUCCGAAAAAAUGUCCAGAAGCUGUCGAUGAGAGGUUUAACCCAACAUGUAAACUUGGAGCUCUUCCUGAGAAAAUGUUGGACGAAAUUGAAGGAUUCUGUACGAAAACAAGAGAAGAACCAAAUGAUGCACUGAAGCGGACAUUGUAUUGGAAAGGUAUGCGAUCGCUGGCUGAUCCGGGAGAGAACGUAGGUCUUCUAGCCGCUCAAUCGAUCGGAGAGCCAUCUACUCAAAUGACAUUGAACACUUUCCAUUUCGCCGGAAGAGGAGAAAUGAACGUUACCCUCGGAAUCCCUCGCCUUCGAGAAAUUCUGAUGACUGCUUCGAAAAGCAUCGCUACUCCAAGUGCUUCUAUUGCAGUCAUUACUGGAACACCCCGUGAGAGAAUCGAUGCAAUCAAACAAGAGUUGGAUCGUGUCUAUUUAAAGCAAUUGCUCAAAAAUUUCUCUCUGGAAGAAAAGAUCACACUGACUGAAAACCAAUCUUCACGUCGCUAUCAUCUCCGUAUCGAAAUUUUGGCUGCCGAAAAACGAGAGCAAGGCGCACGUCAUUUAAAGCGAGCUAAAAUCAUGGAGGAGAUUGAAAAGAGAUUUAUUCUCCGCGUUGCACAAGCCAUUAAGAAAAAGUAUAAUGAGAUUACUGAUUAUCAGCAAAUGUCUCAUCGUACAAUGCGACAAGGAAACGCUGCUGCUGGAAUUGAGUUUACUAGAGCGCAGAGGUCGCGUGGAAUCCAAGGACCAGACAAUGGGGAUUCAUCAGACGAAGAAGCUGAAGGAGGUAGAGAUGCUGAUGCUGCAGAGGCACGUCUUCAUCAGAGACAUCGUGAUGAGGGAGCAGAUUAUGAAGGAGAAGAUGAAGAACGAGUUGAAGUUCGUGAGCGCGACGAUGAGCCGAUGGAUUCAGACACAGAAGAUUUGAACAAAGAAGGUGGAGGACCGGAGACCGAGGAAAGAGAAAAAGAACAAAUGGUGAAUUCUUCAAGAAUUCAGGCGGUCCAGCGAUUAUCCGAAAACAUUUCCUCUUAUACUUAUGAUGUGAAAUCGAACAAGUGGUGUGAAAUUGUAUUCGAGCUUCCAUUGAGAAAUAAGACUAAAAUGGAUGUAUCAUCGAUUGUUGAAAAUGAAGUCGAAUUGUUUAUUGUUCAUCAAACUCCUGGAAUUGAGCGUUGCGUUGAAACUACAGAGCAGAAAAACGGAAAAGAGGUUAUCAUUCUGCAAACUCAAGGAGUCAAUUUGGCUGCUUUCUUUAAACAUGCUGAUGUUCUCGACGUCAAUUCAGUGUACUCAAAUGAUCUGAAUUUGAUUCUCGAAAAUUAUGGUGUUGAAGCGUGCUCCAAGGCUAUUACUACUGAAAUGAACAAUGUGUUUGCGGUUUACGGUAUCGAAGUGUCAAAACGGCAUCUUUCUUUAACUGCCGAUUACAUGACAUUCACUGGACAAAUCCAACCAUUCAAUCGUGGAGCAAUGUCUUCCAGUUCAUCACCUCUUCAAAAGAUGACAUUCGAAACGACGAUGGCAUUUCUACGUGAGGCACUCUUGCAAGGCGAGGAAGACAAUGUGAACUCUCCGUCUGCUCGUAUUGUGAUGGGUGCACUUCCACGUGGAGGAACUGGAUCAUUUGAUCUUCUUCUCAACCCAAAAAUGCAAUCGGAACGUGAAGAGCACGAAGCCGAACGGGCUCGAAGACGAGGAGCCAAACACAGUUAUUAG